AAUGAGUAAUUUUCUAUUUUUAUCAGAUAAAUAGCAGUGUGACCGACGGAAAUAGGACAACCAUUAUCGUACUUUCGGUUUUUACCCCAUUACGUGAAUGAUAAAUAUAGCAUUCGAUUUUAAAGCAAUUCACAGCUGCAGAUUGUAACGAACGGAAUGUUUGAAUACCAUGGAUCUGAGUGGAAAUCGGUUUGUUUUAGCCAUAACGAUUGAGAUUUUGACUCUGUUUAUGUAUAUUUCCUGCAUCCUGAUCAACGUAUUCUGCGGCUCGAAAUUCACAAAACGAGAUAUUAUAUUCACUGCUUUCGUGUUUAGUACCAGUUUUACUAUCUUCGGAAUAACAGUCUUCUUCGCCUGCAAAUCCCGUACCGCUUACACUUUACAGACCACAAACAGGAAGCUGUAUAGCAGAUUACAUCCGGGACAGCGACUACAUGCAUCUGAUUGUGCCAUAUGUUUAUCACCAAAAGAACCAGCAUCGUCUUCCUUAGCUCGCCUCAGCUGUAACCAUGAUUAUCACACCAAGUGCAUCAAAGAAUGCUUUGAGAAAACGGGAGAUAUCCGCUGUCCUAAAUGUAGACAGACCUCCAAAGAUGUUUCCUCCCUGAAAUCCAGCAGAUUCAGAUGCCUAGCUUCCCUCCCUAAACUCCAGAAAUUUUUAAACAAAAAAGAAACUUUCUCUUACAAAGAAUCAUUCGUGUAGCAUUGAUUUUCAAACAUCAGAACGACGACGCACUUACCGUCUGCAGUUUAAAUAUUGCAAGAUGCGCUUCGAUUGGUUGAUGUGGUGGGUUCUGUUUUGCCGUUGUCACAAAGGUUGAAAAACUGAACUGUAGUGAUUCAGGGUGACAGUUUCUCGUUUGGGAUAAUGAUUCUCCAAUACCGGCAUGCUUGUAUAUUUUCAUCUGUCUAAUGGCUUGUUGUGUAAAUCAUCAUUGAAUAUUGUUGUGAACACAUUAAUAAAGAAUGAAAGCAAUCUGAUUAAAAUAAGAUCUUUGA